CUCAUACAAAUAUUUGUGUGUGUGUGUGUGUGUAUGUGCAUGCGUGUUUAUGUGUGAUGUCUAGAUGUGUGCUAAUGGGCCGAUUUUGCGAAAAAUACAUCGAUCUCGCAAAGAGUAGGGGUGAGACACGAGGAUGCUCUACGACAAGGGGUUUGAACUGUGGGGUGGCAGGUUCAUAAUCGAGCAGAGUGACGGUGGAGGGCGCAAGGUAUAAAAUCGGACGUCGAGUCACAGGAGACAUUCAGUGCGAUUCUAAGCUUCACAUCGUCUACUUAAAAUUUCGAUUUCAUCGGAAGUCACAGAAAUGCAGGACAACAGAUUUUUUAUCUUCGUGAUCCUUUUGGCAUUUUCUACGUCUCUUAAUCUUGCUAGAUGCUCGGUCGGCCAGCACUUCGAAUCCACCAGAGAGGGUCAAAAAUUGAAAAUCAACGAUAGACGUUCCGCUGGAUUGGUGGCGUAUCCAAGAAUCGGCCGAAAUUCGGAAAUAGCGAGUUUUCCUAGAAUGGAGCGUGCUUUUGGAAUAAUACAUAAGCCCCGAAUCGGACGAUCCGAUGAAUCGAGCAAUUUGAAUCGAUUUCAGGAUUUACCAGCUGACGCCGAUAUGGAGUUCUACAUUCCACGCGACGUGGAAUCUGAAGUUCUUUUAAAUCUUGUUUACGAAGAUUACGCAGAUAGACCGAUAGCAUUUAAACAUGCUGACAAAAUUCAGAAAGACGGUGCCUGGUUAAUGCCCGAUCAUGUACAUGGAUACAAGGAUCUUCGUUUCGCACAAAAAAUCGACAAUCCUCGAUCGUAUUAUUCUAUUUUACGAGGUUCUCGAAAUAGUCAAGGUCAAGGAGGAUACACUCCGAGACUAGGUCGCGAGAAUGAACACGACGCAACGAGUUUCCUGUAACUUGCCAUCUUUGAUCACGAUUCGCGCCUCGCGGAUUUGACGGAUGUUGACUUGAGACAAAGAAGGAACUUACUGUCAAAAAUGUCAGAAAUGUAACAUGCGGUGCUUUUGAUUGUUUUUCCCUAUUUGCAUAGGCGAUCCAUCUUACCCUUGCACUUUGUACGCAAAUUAUGCAACAAUACAUAAUCUGUACUUAAAUACUGUACUUUGUAAUCUUACAUGCAAUCCUGUCGCCUAGUAUCGUCACGAAAUAGCAAUUCUCUGGUGAAGCAACCGAUCUUGAUGUAACUUGGCAUGUUAUUUUAAGCAGAUUUUUAUUCCGAAAUACUCGAUCCAAUUCAAUGUUUAUUUUUAUAUACAAAUAAUGGAGAAUAGAAAUAAAAGUUUGAUUUACACGCUCA